AUGGGCAACAGUCUGAAAGCCAUAGUUGCUUUUGUGCCCUCCAGCAAGUGCCAGAAGUACCUCCUGGAAGACCUGGAAGAAAUGCCAGUGGAUAAAAUGGUGGAUCUGAGCGGCAGGCAGCUGAGGCGGCUGCCUCUGCACAUUUGCUCUUUUAGGGAACUGGUCAAGCUGUACCUGAGUGACAAUAACCUGAACCAUCUGCCCCCUGAGCUGGAGCAGCUGCAAAACCUGCAGAUCCUGGCACUGGACUUCAACAACUUCAAAGCACUGCCCCCGGUCGUGUGCUUGCUGAAGCAGCUGUGCAUCCUCUACCUGGGCAACAACAAGCUCUGCAGCCUGCCCCUCGAGCUCCGGCGCCUGCAGAACCUCAAGACCCUCUGGAUCGAGUCCAACUGCCUACAGUGCCUGCCCGAGGUGGUGUGCGAGCUCCGGCUGCUCAAGACCCUGCACGCGGGGUCGAACGCGCUGCGCACGCUCCCCGCCCAGCUGCGGUGCCUGCAGGAGCUGCGCACCAUCUGGCUCUCGGGGAACCUGCUCUCCGAGUUCCCCCCCGUGCUUCUGGACAUGCCCUUUCUAGAGGUCAUCGACGUGGAUCGCAACUCCAUCCGGUUCUUCCCCAGCCUGGCUCACCUCCUGGGACUGAAGCUGGUGAUCUAGUAUGCACCUAAAGUGGCCAGAGGGGUGCGCAGGGUGGGGAGGUGGUCAGAGGAGAGCCCUGAACCCCGCAAGCGGUCCGGAGCUGUGAUAGAAAUCACACUCGAGGAGAAACCUUUGGCACUUCCUGCCACCAAGCCCGAGCCAGAAGCUGAGCCCUGCUGA